AGCCGUGGUCAAACUCCCCCAAAUGGAAAUAAUCGUUCAGGGAAAAUAUAUGGUUCGAAAGAAGCAAAUUUUACGUCACUCGAAAGAAUUUAUACAUUUGCACAAUGCAUACCUGAUGUGUCAAGUUCUUCUUGUGAUAAUUGCCUGAGAAAUGCUAUCGGGAGUUUACCGAGUGAUGGGAAGAGAGGUGGUAGAGUUUUGCUAUCGAGUUGUAAUGUUAGGUUUGAGUUGUACCCUUUUUACAACGUUACUGCAUCCGCGCCACCACCUCCUUCUUCAUCACCUACAAGCAAUGAUAGAGGAAAAGGGGGAAUUGCAUCUGGUGUAAUCGUUGCCAUAGUUGUUCCAAUUGUUAUCUCGAUUCUACUCUUCAUAUUCGGUUUCUGUUGGAUGAGAAGUAGAACAUCGCGAGAAUUCAAUGUUGUAGAAGAGAUCACAGAUGGAGAUGAAAUUUCAACUGCUGAAUCUUUGCAAUAUCAAUUGAACACUAUUCGAGCUGCCACGACUAACUUCUCAACUGACAACAAAAUUGGUGAAGGCGGAUUUGGUGUUGUCUAUAAGGGUAUACUUCCUGAUGGACAAGAGAUAGCUGUGAAGAGGCUAUCAAGAAGCUCGGGACAAGGCAUAGAAGAAUUUAAGAAUGAGAUUGUAUUGAUCGCGAAGCUUCAACAUAGAAAUUUAGUGAGAUUACUGGGAUGUUGCUUGGAAGGAGAUGAAAAGAUACUCGUCUAUGAAUUUGUCCCCAACAAAAGCCUCGAUUAUUUCUUAUUUGAUCCUGAAAAGCAGCAGCUACUAGAUUGGUCGAGACGUUACAAGAUUAUAGGAGGGAUUGCCCGUGGACUACUUUACCUACAUGAGGAUUCUCGUUUAAGAAUUAUACAUCGCGAUCUCAAAGCAAGCAACAUACUGUUAGAUGCAGAAAUGAACCCGAAAAUAUCAGAUUUUGGAAUGGCAAGAAUAUUUGGAAUUGAUCAAAGUGAAGAAAUAACAAACAGGAUUGUUGGGACAUAUGGUUACAUGUCACCGGAGUAUGCUAUGCACGGACAAUACUCUGUUAAAUCAGAUGUUUUCAGCUUUGGCGUUCUGGUGUUGGAGAUCAUAAGUGGAAUAAAGAAUAGCGCGUUUUACCAAUCAGAUGGUGCUGAAGAUCUUCUUAGCCAUGUUUGGAAGAAUUGGAGAGACGGAACGCCAUUGAACAUAAUGGAUCCAGCAUUUGCAGAAUCAUACUCGAGAAAUGAAGUGAUACAAUGUAUACAUAUAGGAUUGUUAUGUGUUCAAGAAGAUGUCAAUGAAAGACCUACAAUGGCAUCUGUGUUGCUCAUGCUUAAUAGUUACUCUAUCACCACUCAAGCGCCUCAACAACCUGCAUUCUUUUUUGGUAGUCGAUCACAGAUGCUACCAAAUAAAGGGCUGGAGUCAGAUCAAUCUACAAGCAAAUCAAUGCCAUUGUCCACGAAUGAAGUAACCAUUACAGAAAUGGAGCCAAGAUAGAUGGAUACAUGUUUAAUAUCCACAGAAAAAGUUGAAAUACUUUAUGGCUCACAGCAUCCAGCAAUGUCUUAGAAAAGCUUUACAAUAACUUUUAAUAGAAUAGAAUUCCACCAUCGGUACAAAAAGAUUGCCUUGUUGUCUACUUUUUGUUUUCUCACAAAAUGGUAUCUGCUAUAUUUGACAGAACCUUUCCCUUACAUACUAAUUAUUUUUUAAUAUUGGUAUUUCAAAAGCUAUAAGGAGCUUUUUUCCUCAAAAUUCCUAUAUAUCUCAAACCUAUUGAAAAGUAUCCUUUAUCCCGAGUGAGAGGCACGUAAGUGGUAGUAAGAAUUAUGGCAUUGGCAGUAGAAACAUAGAGAUCUACUGACUUCAUGAACAGACAACAUGCGACAGGAAUUCCAUAAUCAUCAUAGAAUGUACAAUAACAUUUUGGUUCUUUUUCGGAAAAAACAAAAUAACAUUCUGAUUCUGAUUUAUGCUAGAAGAAGGUUAGAGUACAAUAAGCAGCAGCAUCAAACAAACAAAAACAAGUUGUAUGACCAUAGAAUGUUACACAUGUGGUUUACUCCAAUUUCUUAUCUUUUAUCCUCAGAUAUCAGUUAGCUCAAGACACAUAAGGAAAAGGAGGACGAAAUUGAGGUAAGAGAACAGGUACACAAAAAUGCAACUUUCGUUUAAUUGUGACAAUUAUCUCAUUCGUGA